AUGGGUAGCGUUCUUUUUGCAGCUGUCUUCAUAGCAUUACACUUUACGACCGGGUGCCUGGCCAACCCAGAUGCUAAACGUUUGUACGACGAUUUACUAAGCAACUACAAUCGACUCAUACGACCUGUGGGCAACAAUUCCGAUCGUCUGACGGUCAAAAUGGGUCUAAAACUGUCACAGUUAAUCGAUGUGAAUCUAAAAAAUCAAAUUAUGACUACCAACGUGUGGGUGGAGCAGGAGUGGAACGACUACAAAUUAAAAUGGAAUCCCGACGAUUACGGCGGAGUGGAUACCCUGCAUGUGCCCUCCGAGCACAUAUGGCUGCCGGAUAUUGUGCUAUACAACAACGCCGAUGGCAACUAUGAAGUGACAAUAAUGACAAAAGCAAUUCUACAUCACACGGGCAAAGUGGUUUGGAAGCCUCCUGCCAUUUAUAAAUCCUUUUGUGAAAUUGAUGUCGAAUACUUUCCGUUCGACGAGCAAACAUGUUUCAUGAAGUUCGGCUCGUGGACAUACGAUGGUUACAUGGUUGACCUGCGACAUUUAAAGCAAACGGCCGACUCGGACAACAUUGAGGUGGGCAUCGAUCUGCAGGAUUACUAUAUCUCUGUGGAAUGGGAUAUCAUGCGUGUGCCGGCGGUGCGUAACGAAAAGUUCUACAGCUGCUGCGAGGAGCCCUAUCUGGACAUUGUAUUCAACCUGACACUGAGGCGGAAGACGCUCUUCUAUACAGUCAAUCUGAUCAUACCCUGUGUGGGCAUAUCGUUUCUGUCCGUGCUGGUGUUCUAUUUGCCCAGCGAUUCGGGCGAGAAGAUCUCACUUUGUAUCAGCAUUCUGCUCUCGUUGACUGUGUUUUUUCUGCUGCUGGCAGAGAUUAUACCGCCGACAUCUCUGACGGUGCCGCUGCUGGGCAAAUAUCUGCUCUUCACCAUGAUGCUGGUCACGCUCUCUGUCGUGGUAACAAUUGCGGUGCUAAACGUAAACUUUAGAUCGCCAGUGACGCAUCGCAUGGCACCUUGGGUGCAGCGCGUCUUCAUACGAAUCCUGCCGAAACUACUCUGCAUUGAGCGGCCCAAAAAGGAGGACCCCGAAGAUGAUCAGCCGCCCGAGGUGCUCACAGAUGUCUAUCAUUUGCCGCCGGACGUGGACAAGUUUGUUAACUAUGACACAAAGCGUUUCAGCGGUGACUAUGGCAUACCAGUGCUUCCCGCAUCGCAUCGGUUUGAUUUGGCGGCCGCAGGCGGGAUUGCUGCCCAUUGCUUUGGUGACCCGCCGCUGCCCUCCUCACUGCCAUUGCCAGGCGCUGACGACGAUCUGUUCAGUCCAUCGGGUCUCAAUGGAGACAUCAGUCCGGACUGUUGUCCAGCAGCAGCGGCAGCCGCAGCUGCUGCGGCCGAUCUCAGUCCCACGUUUGAAAGGCCCUAUGCACGAGAGAUGGAAAAGACCAUCGAAGGUUCGCGCUUUAUAGCGCAGCAUGUGAAAAACAAAGACAAGUUUGAGAGCGUUGAGGAGGAUUGGAAAUACGUAGCUAUGGUAUUGGAUCGUAUGUUUCUUUGGAUUUUCGCAAUCGCUUGCGUGGUCGGCACAGCGCUUAUUAUAUUGCAAGCGCCUAGUUUGUACGAUCAAUCGCAGCCGAUUGAUAUAUUAUAUUCGAAAAUUGCUAAAAAGAAAUUCGAGCUGCUAAAAAUGGGUAGUGAAAACUCCUUAUAACGUCCACUUGGGUUCGCAGCAGGCUGGUGGAACUUAAUCAUCAGCUCGUUGCGAACCCUGUUCGCCGCACGCGACGAUGAUCGUGGAUAAUAUACAACGAGCCAAACCAUGAGCGUCUCAUCGGCGUUAUACAACACUAAGAGUAUCAGCAGCAGUAUCAAUAUCAGCGUUGACAGUGUUAAUCCCGUUAUCGAUAGAGAUAAAAAUAGCGAAACGAUGACCAACUCAUGGAGCCCAUUGUAAGCAGCGGAGCGAAGCGAACAUUGGAAAUUGUGAAAGAAGAAAGAAAUAAACAACGGUUGCGAGUUUUGGAGCAGUUGAUCAAAAUAUGUAUGUAAAGUAAUGCAACAAAAGUACUGUAGGGUUGGAUAACGUUACGACGUAAAUAACUGGGUUGGAACAUCAACUAUAACAUAUAUAUAUGACACUGACACGACCAGUGGCUGACAAUGCAACUCCGCCAACGGAAUAGAAUCUAGUUAGUAAGUUUUUGAUGGAUGCCUGAUGAUUGUGUGAAAGAACGUUCGUAUAUAUUAAAGUAUGUGAGUCUUGGACGGUUGUGCAGUCAUGUAUGAUGUCAGCAGCCAGUGUUGUAAAAAAAAUAAACUUUUUGUAAUUUG